AUGGAGUCGCUCCUUUCCCUCUCCUUCGACAACAUCUCCUCCCGGGACGGCACCAAGAUUCGAAAAGGGCUGCGGCAAAUCGAAGGCCUGCUCGCUCAAGUAUGCCUCUCCAAGGCAAGCUCCAGGUCGCCGCACAAAAGGAAGAGCUCAGCUUUGGAUGGAGGAGGCAGACAGCAAGGGUCGGCGAAGGCGCUGGGUGAAUUAAAGCAAGAUCCUGCCUUUAGAGAGUUCUUCCGGUUACAAGAAGGCUUCCAGUGGAAUGUGGCAUCAAGAUUACUGUCAACACUCGAAUGCCUCAUGGGCAUGGGCAACCCCUCCGACACCGACCUCCUCAUCCUCGCAGCGCUGGAACUUCUACAAGGCGUGCUCCUCCUCCACCCACCGUCGAAAUGCCUCUUCAGCCGAGAGAGCUACAUGAAUCUCUUGCUCGACCUCCUCGACUCAUCGAACCCGCCGAAACUGCAAUCGCAAACGCUCCUUGUCCUCGUCGCCUGCUUGCUUGACUGUCCCCGCAACACCAGAACGUUUGAAGCCAUCGACGGCUUGCUGACCGUUACCAGUCUCUUCAAGAGCCGAUCAACUACCAAAGACGUAAAGAUGCGAUCACUCGAGUUCUUAUACUUCUACCUCAUGCCCGAGGCGCCGGUGGCCCCACAAAUCAGCGCCAGUGCACCCAAUACGGCAGUUCUACAAAGAGGGCAGCAUAAAUACCUGAACGCAAUUCCUGGGCAUGCAAGGACACAUUCGGGAGACAGCAUGGACAUCGAUGACGAGGACUUGGACACUCGAACGCAAGAGGACAAGCAGGACUUGCUCGGGCAGUACCUGAGCAAUGUCGAUGAGCUCGUUGCGGACUUGCAGGAGAGCGGGCCUUUCAACACUGCAGUCACUGCAUAG